CGGCUCCCGCAAGGACCCCGGGCAUCGAAAGAGAGUGUGUCUCUGCUGUAAGCGCGCUCCAUGAACGCAUCGUUCGCGAGCAAGAGGCUCUCUCGAGCUCUGCUCGCCGCCGCAUCCUCCUCCGCUCCCCGCUCGUCGGCGGCGGCGGCGGCGGCGGCGGCGGCGAUGACUCCCGCGCCGUCGCUUUCGCACCCGCUGCCUUCGUCAUCUUCCGAGAUCGACGGCACAGCCAGGUCUCUCUUUCGCUCCCCGUGGUCCGUCCUCCAGCAACGCGGCGUCAAGGUCCGCGGAUCCGACGUAAGACCUGGCAAUGUUGUUGACAGAAAAGGUCGUCUCUACGAGGUUGUGAAAGCUGAUCAUAACCAACAGGGCCGAGGAUCUGCCAUGAUACAGGUGGAGCUCCGUGAUGUUGAGAGUGGAAAUAAAGUGAAUGCACGGUUUAAUACAGAUGAAUCUGUUGAAAAGGUAUUUGUCGAGGAGAAGUCCUUUACAUGCAUGUGCACGAUGGGGGAUGAAGUCGCCUUAAUAGACCCUCAGACAUUUGAGCAAGUGGAUGUGAAAAGGGAUUUGUUUGGAAAAGCUGGUGUUUACCUGAAAGAGGAAAUGAAGGUCAUGUUGCGGUUCUUUGACGAUACACCAUUAUCAGGAUCAGUUCCCAAGCGUGUGAUAUGCACUGUUGUGGAUACUCCACCUCCUUUGAAAGGGGUUUCAGCUACACCUGCGGAGAAAAGGGCUUUACUGGACAAUGGUCUGACGGUGAAAGUACCACCUUUCAUUGAAAGUGGUGAAGCUAUACUUGUCAAUACAGAGGAGGAUGCUUAUAUGAGCAGGGCAAAGGAAUGAGUGGAGGAUAUUGGAGGUUACGUUCUUGGCUGUCUCCAAAUAAAGUUUAAAGCAAGCAAACUCUUUUUGAGAUUUUGAAAGUUAGAAGGCCGACAAAUAUAUUCUGAGGAUGAACUUCUCUAUCGACAUGGUGAUGGUUCAGAGUUCACGACGCAGUCUUAUGAAUUUAUAUUGUUUGUUGAAUUAACCUUGGUCUUGAAUGUAUCCAGAGUUUUUCAAGUUGAGGAAUGCUGCUUUUCUGAACAAUAACUUAUGCUCGAAAUAUUUACCUGGAGAGCGCGAAACAUGAUCUUUAUGAGAUCCAAAUAGUGAAAAGGUGUGCUACUGCAUUACAUGAA